GUCCUCCAUUGCUCAAAUCUCACAUCUGAAGGUUAAAGUGUGUCUGUCUCCAUCACACCGCGCUUCAGUCCAGCGGCACUCUCCCUCUUCUUGCUCAGAAUUUGUAGAAAUAUUAACACAAUAUCAUGUCGAUAUUUGGUGAAGUCCCGCAGGCUGCUCCUGUCGCAGUGUUUAAACUGACAGCAGAUUUCCGUGAAGAUCAGAAUCCCAGCAAGGUGAAUCUGGGAGUCGGAGCCUACAGGACAGAUGAAUGUCAGCCCUGGGUUCUCCCCGUGGUGAGAAAAGUGGAGAAGAUGAUCGCUGAUGACCAUAGUUUGAACCACGAGUACCUGCCCAUUCUAGGCCUGCCAGAGUUUCGCUCCAGUGCAUCUAAGAUCGCUCUGGGUGAAGACAGUCCUGCCAUCAAGGACAAUCGGGUAGGAGCUGUGCAGUGUUUAGGUGGCACUGGUGCUCUGAAGAUCGGAGCCGAGUUUCUUCGCCGGUGGUACAAUGGAACCGACAACACAAAAACUCCAGUUUAUGUAUCUGCGCCAACAUGGGAGAACCACAAUGCUGUUUUCUCUAAUGCUGGAUUUGAGGACAUCCGUCCAUACAAAUAUUGGGAUGCAGGGAAGCGUGGACUCGAUCUGGAAGGUUUUCUGGGUGACCUGGAGAGUGCACCUGAUCACUCCAUCUUUGUGCUGCAUGCCUGCGCUCACAACCCCACCGGCACAGAUCCCACCCAGGACCAGUGGAAGAAGAUUGCUGAUGUCAUGAAGCGAAAGAGUCUGUUUGCCUUCUUUGAUUCAGCCUAUCAGGGUUUCGCCUCAGGAAAUUUAGAUAAGGACGCCUGGGCUGUCCGCUACUUUGUGUCACAGGGUUUUGAAUUGUUCUGUGCCCAGUCAUUCUCAAAGAACUUCGGUCUGUACAAUGAGAGAGUUGGGAACCUGACUGUUGUAGCCAAAGACCAAGACAAUUUGAACCGUGCACUGUCUCAAAUGGAGAAGAUCGUUCGAAUCACCUGGUCCAACCCUCCAUCCCAGGGUGCACGUCUGGUUGCCAUCACACUCAACACCCCUGAACUCUUUGCUGAAUGGAAGGACAAUGUGAAGACCAUGGCAGAGAGAGUCCUGCUCAUGCGUGCUCAGCUGAAGGAAAAACUCAAAGCACUAGGAACUCCAGGAACCUGGGAGCACAUCACUGAACAGAUCGGCAUGUUCAGCUUCACCGGACUCAACCCUAAGCAGGUGGAGUACCUGGUGAAAGAGAAGCACGUUUAUCUAAUGGCGAGCGGGCGCAUCAACAUGUGUGGCCUCACCACCAAGAACAUCGACUAUGUGGCCGAGUCCAUUCAUGAGGCUGUCACUACAGUCCAAUAAGCACCUUUACCACACUUCCUGUUUGUGUGUGUGUCCACAGGAACAUAAACAUGCAGAGACACACACACUGAUACACCCCUUCACUCACCAGCUUUCCUGGUCUAAUUUAGUCAUCAGCGUUUCAACAUUCUGUUUUAACUUGUAAUUAUAAAGCAAUCAAACAGUCUCAGAAGAUGUGGUGGAAUUUACAGUCAACCAAACAACUGUCUGGAUUUCAUUAACCUGAAGGUUCAGCUUGACUGAUUUUAUGAUCUUUCGUGUUCUAAGAUUAAAUUCAAACAGGUUAGUGUGAAUGAAUCAAGAGUUAUAGUCAACAUUUGAGUUAGUGGGGUGAAAUGGGUGGAAACUAGCCUUUAUUAAAUUAACUCGUCGAAUUUUAUCACCGUGUGUCUGAAAAUUUCAUUGUAUUGAGUGCUGAACUGAAGGACAGCGUGCAUGUUUCAUGAUAAAUGUGUCUGUAUUCUUAAAACAUGCACACAGAGACAACUCUAGAACUUGAAUGAAUGGGGGCAUUAGAUUGUGUUUCAUUGUCAAUUCCUGAUUGCUCUUACCUCAAAUUAAAUGGCUUGAAGAAACAUUUUACCUUGAAAACUUAUUGUGACUAGUUAAAACAAUGGACGAAGAAACCUGGUAUUGUGGUUUGUGAAGAGGUGCAUUUUGGGAUAUUGGAUGUCUGACAGCUGAAGGAGAGUGAAUUAUAUAGAAAAUUGAUUUGGGGGUUGAAUAUUAUUUUAAGCUUUUCGUGUUUGAUGUUCUGGAAAUUCUGGGUUGUGAAGAGCCCAGGCAUUGUUUUGCACUUUAUUUUCUGGUGACUUUUUAUUCCGGUCCAUUACUUUCUACUGCUGUGUUUUUGUGUUCAGGCUCAUUUGUUCACUGCAGGAAUGUGUAAUGAAUGUGCAGACAUUAGUUCAAGUAUACUACUCUCCCACCUAGCUUAGUUGCAAAAGAUCAAUCCUCCAGGAGUAUAAAAACUCUUUGAGCACAAAUAUAUUAAUCAGAGUGCAUUGAAAUAAAUGAAGUAAACUAG